AUGCUUUUCUCUGGCAAAAACCGCUUCCCAAUCGAUGGACUGACUGCGAUCGUCACUGGUGGAUCUCAAGGACUGGGCCUGUCCAUAGCCCAACAGCUCGCAUUGAGAGGAGCCAAUGUAGUCAUCGUGGCCCAAGACAAGGGAAAGCUGGAAAGGGCAGUCAGUACCAUCCAAGCACGCGCUGCAAGACCGCAGCAAAAGUUCCUCAAUCUCUCCUUCGAUCUUCGUUCUCCUGAAUCCGCACCCGAGAUCCUCACCCAAGUAUCACAAUGGAACAAUGGGCAACCUCCCGAUCUUAUUUUCUGCUGUGCCGGAAACUGCCAGCCAUCUUUCUUUGCAGAUGCAAGCAUUGACACGCUUCGAGGACAAAUGGAUACAAUUUACUGGUCGUGCGCAUAUAUGGCUCACGCGGCUUUGAACCUGUGGAAGAAACCUUCGUCUCCAGAGAACAGGACAUCGACGGCCCGUCCCACUCGGCAUAUCGUUUUCACUUGUAGCACACUGGCAUUUUUCCCUGUGGCAGGUUACUCGCCAUAUUCUCCGGCGAAGGCAGCGAUGAGAGCGUUGGUGGACGGUUUAAAUCAAGAAGUGGCAGUAUACAAUGGUGCACGGCAAGGACCUGGUCCUGCUCCAGAUGCAGAUAUUGCAGUUCAUUUAUUGUGUCCUAUGGGCAUUCUCUCGCCGGGUUUCGAGAAUGAGAACGGAAUGAAACCAGAACUCACGCUUAUGCUGGAGAAGGACGACAAACCACAACAACCCGAUGAGGUGGCUAAGGUUGCUCUCCAUCGACUGGAGGCAGGAAGGUUUAUGAUCACUACAAUGUUCCUGGGACACCUUAUGCGUGGAUGCGCUAUGGGUGGCAGCAUCCGACAAAGUCUCAGCGAUGUCUUUUGGAAUUGGCUCGGAUCCAUGGUUAUUAUUUUUGUCGCCCCGGACUUUAUUGCAAAGUGUAAAAGCUGGGGCAAACAGAAAGGAAUGAAUGCGACUGUUGCAGCCAAAUAA